AUGAAUCCGGAGCAGGGCAGGACUUCGGGAAAUACGUGGAACCGUAACCAGAGUUACGACAAAAACGUAUACUGCGAGUUCAAUCAGACCGAAGGUCACUCCACGGCUAACUGCAAAGUCGUAGGGGCAAGGCUGGCCGCGAAGCUGCUUGCUGGAGAACUUUCUGGAGUAACCAGCGUCAAGGAUCUAAUCCUCGAAUCCGACCGUCCGCCAAAAAGCAACAAGAAUCCUCCCGCGGAAACUUCGUCGCCGAGAAAUCAGACGGGAGAUAAGCGCGAGAGAAGACCGGACGAUAGGGGAAACGAUAACUCCCGAAGGAGGGUCAACAUGAUCAUAGGAGGAUCCCAAUACUGCAAGGACUCGGUCUCGGCCAUCAAGGCCUACCAACGGAAAGCCGAGUCGACUGCAAAGUAUACUCCACGGUCGCCUCCUCGAGACGAACGGAACACCUCGAUCACGUUCACUAAAGAAGAGGCCUGCGGAAUCGAUCAGCCUCACUGCGACCCCUUGGUCGUCGAUCUCGUGAUAAGAGAUCUCGAAGUCGAAAAGAUACUCAUCGACACCGGAAAUACGGUAAACUUAAUCUUCCGCGAUACCUUAAGAAGGAUGGGCGUCGACUUCGGAGAAGUCACCCCGGUACCAAAACUGCUCACGGGUUUCUCCGGAAAAACGUCCAUGACCCUGGGAUCGAUUCAGCUACCUGUCAUAGCAAAAAACGUUACCAAGAUAGUUGACUUCGCGGUGGUAGAUAGCCCGGCUAUUUACAAAGCGAUCAUGGGAACUCCAUGGCUAAACGCCAUGAAGGCCGUUCCCUCGACUUAUCACUUGGGCGUCAAAUUCCUAAUCAGGACUGGAAUCGCCAAAAUCUGGGGUUGUCAAAAACAGUCGCGACUCUGUUUCCUAGCGGAGCAUAAGUUGAGGCAGAUCACGACGACCUCCACUGUUAAACGCAAGCGAACUCAGCCUUCCGCCGAGGAUGCCCUGACAAAGGGCACAGAGACAUCUCCCGCGGAAGCAGAUACGGAGAUCGGAACCAUCCCCAACUCCGAAGACAACGUAACAACUCAGCGGGAAGAGGAAAAUCCUGAGGUGAACGUCAACCCCGUAACUAAAGCGGUCGACGAAAAACCAACCGACGAGUAA